AAACUAGUCGCAGUAAAACCAGUGUAGAAAUAGAGAGAGUGAGACCUUACCGCAAUUCCAAUAUUGCAGAUCUUUCGGAGAAAUUUGUGCUUCUUUAAUACCCGGAUAGCAGUGUACAAGCUCAGUCGUAAUUUUGUGGCCCACAAGAGAGCCCCCGUCACGCUUCAUUGAAAAGUGGAUAUAGAUUCGGCCGUCGAUCUAAGGAGCUUACCUUGCGGCAGUAGUGGUUUUGUGAGUGCCGAUCACACAUACGCGUAUACAGGGAACACACUACGCGGAGAGAGGAGCUCAGUGCUCGGUGUACGAGGCCUGCCCUGAGAAGUCUACCUGGAUAUUGUGAGGGGUGGCAUAUAAUACCCUGGCAAAAAAUUUUCUGUAACUGACAACGUUCGUUUUGUUCAAAAUGGCACGGGUUAUUUUGUGGAAUUUACUGCUGUCUGCGCUACUUUUAUCGAAAGUCAGUUCACAAGACCUCUGGAGAAAUACACUUUUUCAAGAAAUCACGGAUGUUGGUUGUGGACAUAAACCCGCAGAUAUUGUAUUCCUGCUGGACUCUUCCACCAGUAUAUGGGGACCUAAUUUUCAGAGGCAGCUAGCCUUCGUGUCAAAUGUUGUGGACAUGUUUCAGAUCGGACAUAACGAAAUCCGUGUCGGAGUAGCAAUAUUCAGCUCCAAGGUGUACCCGCAGUUCCGACUCAUUGAUUACCCAACGAAACGUUCCUUACAGAAGGCCAUCCGGCUGAUCCAGCAACGGCACGGAGACACAAACACGGCGUCCGCCAUUAGGCACAUGAGGAAGCGGAUGUUCAAGAAGCGCCAGGGAGCUCGGCGUAACGUCCCUCACGUCGGUAUUAUCGUGACUGACGGGCGCUCAGACAACACGCUGACCACGUUACUGGAGGCCAACCUCGCUCGGAGAUCUGGUAUCAAUUUGUUUGCUAUUGGUAUUGGUAGCCAGGUGUAUAACUACGAAUUGAACGCUAUAGCCAGCGAGCCUAAGGACGAGUACGUGUUUACCGUGGAUAGCUUCGAGGCGUUGGAUUCAAUCAAGAAGCUCCUGGCGGCCAAAACGUGCGAAGUUACAAGACCUCCUCGAUCAACGACAACAACAAGCACAACGACCACUACAACAACCACAACACAACCACACAACAUCAACAACACAGGCCACCGAGAACAACCACCACACUCCCACCCACUACAACAACAACGCCAAGAACAACAACUGCAGCUCACCGAUGGAAGUUUGUUUACCCAGACAAUCCACAGCGAUCUAUGGACCGCACGAUUAAGGCGGGUGUGCGGAAAGAAGCCGUCCGACAUCGCCAUUGUCAUCGAUUCCUCGUCAAGCAUCUCAAAGCAAAACUUUUGGAAGCAGCUACGGUUCAUCCAGGAGGUCGUUCAUGUCUUCAAUGUGGCACCAGAUAAGGCCAGGUUCGCGGCUCUUAGCUUUGCGGACGAUGUUCGGGAGGAGUUCCAAUUGGGCAAGCACACGACGGUCAAAGGAGUGAGUCGUGCCGUGGCCAGGAUAGAGCAAAUGGGAGGUGCCAGUAACGCGGGCAAGGCGCUGGAGUACCUGAGGAAAAACGUGUUCCUUCCGAAAUACGCUCGGCACAAGGCUGCACGGAUUGCCAUCUUCUUGACGGAUGGUGUCACGGACGACCUACAGGAGCUCACAAUGCAGUCUGAACUGGCCCACAAGGAAGAUAUCUACGUCUUUGCGAUAGGGGUGGGUGGUAAAGUGAGAGAAUCCGAUCUGAAUGUCAUCGCCAGCAGCCCCAGCGAGAAGUAUGUACUCCAGGUGAAGGAUUUCCAAGCUCUCCGAAGCGUCAUCGAUAUUGUCUCUCUGGCCGCCUGCAAAUUGGAGCCACCAAAGAGACGACCUCUUCCAUCCGAUGAAGCUUGUGGUUCCAAAGAGGCCACAGACCUGAUGUUCGUGGUCGAUUCUCCAAAUGCCGGCGUCAGGAACACGAAGAAAGCCAUGAAGUUCCUGGAGAACAUCGUGGAGCGAUUGGCGAUAUCCGAGGAGAAGGUACAAGUGGGGACGAUAUCCGAUCCCUGCGAAAAACCCCAGGGCAUCCAGUUAGGGACGGUCCAGGAUAAAGCCACGGUGAAGGGCAACAUGGAGACGAUGGAAUUCAACGACAUCUCCAGCCUGAUGAAAGAGAUGAGACUACAGGCGCUGCAUACGAACAGGGGAGGUAAUCGGUCCGGAGCCAAGAAGGUCGCGCUGAUCAUUGUUGACGGGGGACUUGGCGCAUCCGCUGCGCGCAUUGACGGAGGCACAGAGAGCGCGCUUCCAUGGCAUUGAAGUGUAUGUCGUAUCCGUGGGAUCUGUCAUAGACGAGUCGGAGGUCUCCCUAAUGUGCAGCUCCCCGUCCCCUGACCAUUUCUUCAAGGUGGAUUCGUACGAUGAUUUAAAUAAUAUUUCAUCCGACUUGAUAGAGAAAAUGUGCGGAGAUACUGUCUGAUAGAAGGCUAGCCAUUUGAUGAGGGCGAUUAUAAAAAGCUGAAACAUUGCUCACUUUCACUGUUAUAAAGAACUCCACUGUUUCUUCAUCUGCCCAGUUGUUCCGAUUACUGGGGUUGGUUGCAUUUGGACAUCCCGUUUCAGUGAAGGAGACUCUUACAGUUACCUGAUGCAUGGACCGAUGCAUGCUGGUUGUGUUAGCCCUCUGUUCGCUUGGACGACAACAACAGCGGAAGCAACAGUUACGACACCAGUUAUUUGUCUGUGUGUUUUACCUAUGUGGCUUUCCGUAGAUAUACAAGCCAGCAGCCGUGACAUCCCUGUUAAAAUUGCCCAGAGUUACCUCUCUCUCCUUAACUUGUACGACUAACUUGGCUGUUUUCAAGUAUAAUACUCCCUGUUAUAUUGUAAGGCCGUUCAAAUGACGAUUGCGAGAAGUGUGUUCAUUUGACGAACUCAAAAAGCAUUUGUGAUAUGCAAGUAAGGCACUGAAAUUUACCUCUUAGUUUGCACCACGGCGACAUAAUAGUUGGCGGCUUGUAGACAGUACCUCAUCGCUGAAAACUGAAUUGUAAUACAAACGCAUGCCCCCCCUUCGCAACGGAUGAAUACCAUGUCGGCAAUGGCGCCUGGAUGAAAGCAUAGCGUUGAUCGUUUCAAAUGGACAAUAUUAAACCUCCUUCAAAUGUUGGCGCACUAUUCUUUCCUUGGUGCCUGUGUUUAUUUACAUUGACAUCUUCUGCCUGUUUGCCGACUGAAAACUUUACUGACUUUCUGUAAAUAACGCUUACGUUAGCCAUACAACGCAUGGGGAUAAACCAACCGGUUCGUGUAUGCAAUUUGUCCUCACUUCAGUCUGCAAUCUCUGUUAGCUGGCUGAAUUUUCUUUAAAAGCAACACAGUUAUUUUAAUCUUCACUCUUCUAGCUUAGAAUUCUUAUAAACGAAUAUUACUGUUUAAAAAUUCUUUGCACCAAGAUCUCGAGGAAAAUUUAUUAGAAACCAUUG